UCAUUCACGAAUCGCAACUCGAAGGAAAACGCGAGUUUUGGAAAGAAAAAUAUUUAAAAUUGUGCUUCAAUACCACCUAAUAUUGAUUAGAAACGAAUUUAUAAAAAUGGUACAAUGAUAAAAAAAUAUCUGCGCGAAGUUUUUUAUGAGGCUUAAGUGGUUCGGUAGCGGGUUCCGUUUGGCUGCGGUGAAUUUGUAUAGAAGCAAGAUGUCAUACACGGAGACCCCGGCUAAGGCUUCGUUGUGCUGCGAGGACUCUGGCGAUGUCCCUCCUCCUACGUUCGCGAUGUACGAGGCUCUAAAGGACUCGUGCCAGAACAACGCGACGUACUUCCAGCCGGACGACAGUGAGAACGGCCAGCGCCUGUACCAGGGGUUCAUGACGCUGAUAGACCACAUUGACACCGUGUGGCCCCUUGUUGAUCAUGUGAGAAGGGUGGCUCCAAUGUACGAUUUCGACGCGAAGUCGCCUGGCAACGGUUAUCGCAGCUUCGUCUCUGUCGUGGACUCGUGUGUUCUUCACGGUCUGAAGCUGAGCAGACAAGUCUGUACUGGCCGAGAUGCUCUGCUUUUUAGAAAGGGGUACUUCGUUAAGGAAAUCGAAUCUUGCGGCCAGCUUCUAGCGUCCUUAGGGACAUGUCUCCACCACCUUCACACGUUGCUAUCCUGGGCACCGGCGGGAGAUCUGUUCCCUACGGAACCGCACUCACCAGAGGAGCUGUUCUCUCAAGCAGACACGAUCAAUCAGUAUUGUUUCUAUGGACGAUGUCUCGGAUUUCAAUUCCUACCAUCAAUGCGCGGCAUCCUCAAAGGCAUAUCCAUAUGCAUGGCCGGGUUCUCAGAAGCGUACUACAGCCACGGGAACCUCAUCAGCUCGGUCUGGACAGGAGGACAGUACCUCAUCGACCCCGAAAUGAGGGCACGGAGAAUCGUCAAUAUAUCCCAGUCGGCCAGUGUCGAGUUCUGCAAGGCGUUCUGGUUUCUUGCUGAAAGUGAAAUAAUGAAGCGAGUGCCGAGUCUUAUGUCUUCAACGGUGGCUGUAAAUAAGCUUAUCACGAUACCCCCGGAACCUAUCACGGUGACCACGACAGAAGGCAAAGAGGUGACAGUGCUGCCCCCUACGGUGCAUAUAGGCCUGCAAGGACUGAACGUUAGGCUGAUCAGUGUCAAUAAACGGAUGGGAAUGGCAGGAGAAGGCACAUCAACCUUGCCCCCAGCUGAAGGCAUAGUUUUCCACUGCCACGGAGGCGGCUUCGUAGCCCAAAGCUCCAAGUCCCAUGAGACUUACCUCCGAGAAUGGGCGGCCAAGCUGAAUGUACCCAUACUGUCCAUAGACUACAGUCUGGCACCGCAAGCACCCUUUCCGAGGGCACUGGAGGAAGUGUUUUACGCUUACUGCUGGAUGGUGAAUAAUUUUAAGGAAAUCGGAACUACGGGUAAACGAAUAGUAUUUGCCGGCGACUCGGCCGGCGCGAAUCUCAUAGCCGGCUGCACUCUGAAGAUCCUCUCCACCGGUCUUCGAAGACCAGAAGGGUUAUUCAUGGCAUAUGCUCCUCUACUCGUCAGCUUCAUACCUAGCCCGGCGAGGCUACUGUGUUUGAUGGACCCGCUACUGCCUUUUGGGUUUAUGAUGAGGUGUCUGAAAGCAUAUGCAAGCCCGAACACGAGUAAAAAGGACGACAAACAUGGAGCUAAUAACACACAGAAUGCCGUAUCAAAUGCGACCACUCCCCUUGACAGCAACGGUUUUCUCAAAGUCAGCCCGUCACAAGAAGGCAUCAGCGAAGGUCCUUCAUCGUUCGAAGAAGUGUCUCCGUCUGACCUGGCCGAGCUGCAAGCCCACAAGUCGGGCAGCGAGCGCAGACAGUCUUCCGACACUACCAUCAGCGCUGCUUCGCUGCAGAGCGAGCACACUGCUACCGGUGUGACCCCGCCCGAGGACAAGUCUCAGCAGUACGUGUCAGACUUCUUGGAACGUUACGUGCUCGACAGCGACACGGACUCGGAAGGCCGCCGGAUACCCAUCAUCAAGCCCAACAAGAACCGGGACGAGUCGCAUAAAGAAGGAGAAUCAGAGAAUUCAAGUACGUUAGUAGGCGAGCCGCCGCUCGUAGACGACUUAGAAAAAGAAAAUAAGAAAAGGAUAAAGACACGAAUAAGUGAAGCAGCCACAGGAAUAAUGGGCGCGAUGUCGUCUCGCCUGGCAUACAUCACAGGGUCAAAUACGAUAUCUAGACCAACACAGGAAGAGUAUAAUGCUUUUCAUUCUAGCCUGGCGGUGCGGUCGAAUCUCGACGCGCUAAUUGCCCGCAGUCCGUCCGACGAGUUCAUAUUCUCGGUGCCACGAGACCCCUACCUGUCGCCGUACUGGGCCGACGACCAGCUGCUUCACCAGUUCCCGCCAGUUAGAAUACUCACCGUCCAUUUGGACCCGUGCCUGGAUGACUGCGUGAUGUUCGCGAAGAAGUUGAAGAGAUUAGGCAACGUCGUGGGCAUCGACGUGUUAGAGGGACUGCCUCAUGGAUUCCUUAAUUUCUCAUUGAUGGCCAAAGAAGCGAACGAAGGAUCGAAGCUAUGCGUGGAGCGCAUCAAGCAACUUCUAGACCUCGAGGCGGCGCCGGCGCCUGACCGCGACUUAUGAAUGUGCGGCCUCUGCUGCCACACGUAGCCUGACGCGUGGCACCCUUAGGACGCCAAGUAACACCGUAGGACAUUCCCUAGCUAGUCCACAACGAAAGAAACCUUAUGGUAAUGUCAUACGACCCAAAUUACGGGAGCACACGUGGGAAUAGCAUUGGGUUCAUACGAAUUUCGCCUCUGUUUGCAUUGAAAGAUUCGUGCGUUUUUGGUGCGCAUGUUUGUGACACCUGAUAUAGAAGAUUGGUGUGAGACAUAGAGACGCCACAUUGCGUACUUUAUGGUCGUAAAAUACAGAUGAUCUCUCGUUUUUUGCAUCAGUUCUUAAAGUGAAUGAACUAAAUUGAAAGGAAUGGUAAGUUAACAAAAAAAUACCAAUCAACCAGGGCCAUUAUGAAAUGGGAAGGGCUUUUCGGGUCUCGGGACCGGGUACGAUUUUGGAAUUACAAAACUUACGAGUGAAAAAUUCAUGAGUUAAAUUGACCACACAUACAUCUCAAUUUUAUUGUAAUGGUCCAACGGCGAAAAUGUAAACACUACAUAAUAAAACGUCGCCAACCCGUCAACCUACAAAAUGAGGAAUUUCUUCAAGGAAUUUUGAACUUUAGAUCUGUAUCAUAAGACGCAAAAUCAAUUAAGUACUUGUAAUUUUGUGAUGUGUCAUGCGCUGGCGAACUUACAACUAUGACGUCGGUGACUUCGUCAUACUCGCACAGUAAAGGUCGUGAUAGUUGUAAAAAGAGAAGAGGUGAGGAGUUUUCGGAUAUUUUAAUCUAUUGACUGUGUAAAUCCAUUGUCAUCAGUAAGUUGCCUUGAUUAUUGACGUUUGCUUCUUCUGUCUAUUUAUUAUUGUGCUAUACCAUAUUUCAAUUGGUGAGUAUUUAUUAUACUCAAAAUAAGUUUUAUUUAUUUAUUUUAUUAGCAAAUUUGAGCUCUAAAAUGAGCUAAAGACAUGUAGAUUAACAAAGAUUUGAGUGACAUGAAUCUUCUUAAUCCAUCUGUCGCAGUCAGAUUGUAUAAUCCGCCGUUUUACAUUACAGCUAGGCAUUUUGCAUUACAGCUCUGUUUUGUAAUACGGCGGCUUAACGUUUAGCCGGAUUGAAUACCGCUGAAUGAAAAUCCGCUGGAAUGUAUUCGGCGCCAAACGUUCUUCAAUAAGGCUAGCCGUAAUGUAAAACAGCGUGUCAUUACCCGCCGCUUUGACAGUUUUUAGUUCCUAUUUUCAAUACCGUGGCGCUGCCUGACAUAACAACAACAAUGGCAUCGGAUACAGAAAUUGUAUUGCUUAAU